GGGGGAGGUGCCGUCCCGUCGCCGCUCCCUUGAGGUGGAGCAGGAGCGAGACCCUCCUCACGCCCCAUCCGGCGGCGUUGGACGCCUGCAGGGGCCGCCCGGGGGCGGGUCCCACUGGUUGGCGAGGCCUCGUGGCCAGCGGAGGGAAAUCACCGCCGGACCCAAAGGAGGAAAGAAAGCCUGCAGUACUGAAAGGAAUAGAUCUGGGCCCUUGUAUGACCAAAUGGACAGUAGAUUACCUCUGUCAAGCAUCAGGGAAUAAAGAAGUAAAGAUUCAUGUUUCCACUGUGCCACAGAUGAACUUCCUUAGUAAGAACUUUGUAUAUAGAACAUUGCCUUUUGAUGUAUUUGUAAAGAGAGCAGCUGAAAUCAAACAUUCAGAUUAUUUUCUUUCUGAGGAUGAAAAGUAUUAUUUACGAUCACUGGGAGAAGACCCCCGGAAGGAUAUUGCAGAUUUGAGAAAUCAGUUUCCUUUAUUGGCAGAUGACAUUCAAAUCCCAGAAUACUUUGAAAAGGAGCAGUUCUUCUCCACUGUCUUCCGCAUAAGUUCAGAAGGUCUACAGCUUUGGACACAUUAUGAUGUAAUGGAUAACUUCUUAAUUCAGGUGACAGGAAAGAAACGAAUUGUACUGUUCAGCCCCCGUGAUGCACCAUAUUUAUAUUUAUCAGGCACAAAAUCAGAGGUGCUAGAUGUGGAUAAACCAGACAUGAAGAAAUACCCUCUCUUUAUUAAGGCCAGACGUUAUGAAUGUCAGCUGGAAGCAGGAGAUGUCUUAUUCAUUCCUGCUUUGUGGUUCCAUAAUGUGACUUCUGAGGAAUUUGGAGUUGGAGUCAAUGUUUUCUGGAAGCAGCUUCCUUCUGAAUGCUAUGAUAAAACAGACCCCUAUGGAAACAAAGAUCUCACUGCAGCCUCAAGAGCAAUACAGAUUUUGGAUAGAGCACUGAAAACCCUGGAAGAACUUCCUGAGGAAUACAGAGACUUCUAUGGUCGGAGAAUGGUAUUACGCAUCCAAGAAAAAACUUAUAGCAGUAAUUAUGAAUAAAGAACAUUUUUGAAUACUAACAGUUGUUCUUACAAACAUGCAUUAAAAUGUCUCUUGUGAACCAAUGAAUAGGGUGGCCACUAGUAUAUAUACCAUUUAAGCCAGAGAACACAAGCCAUUUUUGAAAACAUACUGCUAAAAUGUCAGUAUUGUUUAUGAACAGAAUGUAAGGGGAUGCUAAGGAGAUAUAAACCAUAGGAUUAUACAUCAAUCUGGAUUUGAAGGAGUGAUGUGCACACCUAACGCUAUUGGCACAUCCUUUAAUUAAAUGUGUUUUCCAAGAAGCCCAGAAAAGACAUAAUUUUUAAGGAGUUGCAGACAGGUCUAUUGAGUUUGGAGUUAACAAACUGUGAAGGUGGUAUAACAAUCUCUUCAGUGCUUAUUUUUUAAUUUACUCUGUAGUUAUACCUUGAACAGGUGUAAAAAACUUCACAUAAGAAACUUUUCUUAUAGAAAUGGCAGGAUAUGGUUUUGACUAGUUUGCAGCAUACUGCUUUUCAGCAGAGUACAUAUUUAAGUUGUCUGCAAAGAGUUGUGCUGUUAUCUGAAACUUUCACGUAAAUAUGUAACAAUCUAAUGAAUAAAAAGUAUGUAAUAUUGGCUGUGCAAAACA